UGAUCGGUGUGCCGAUAACCCUGGUGAGAGCCAAACUUUGACUCCCACCCUGGUGAGCCGUCUCGCUGGCCCCAGGCUCCGCUGCUUGCUGCCGGCUGCCUUUCUGCUUCCAGAGGUGCUACCAGCGUUGCUCAGCACAUCCCAUGGAUGAACUGCAGCGGCAUCCUAGUGCCAGGGACAGGACCAGACCUGUCACCUGCGCCGGGGAGGAGGCGGUCACCGGGGCGCCUGGGCUGCCCACACUAACAGAACCGUCUGCCCUCAGGCUCUGGGAAGACUUGCCGGGAGCCCAACGCGAGGGUGUGACAACAGGCUGGUCCCCUCACGGGGAUGGUGGUGGCAGGGUGUGAUCUGUGCCCUGUCUCUGGCAGCUGUCUGCCAGGCAGUAACAUCAAAGGGCCUCCUGAGCCGGAUUCCCAGGAUGCAGCACAUCAGAAAGUGGGGCUGAGCUGCCAGCGUGCCCUCCCUGCCUGGCGUGCAGGUUCUUCUUGGCCCCAGGUGGCACAGGGGGGACCAACCGGUCCUGAGCAGCCCCUGUCCCAGCAGCUGGCAGGGUGGGGAGAGCAUCCUCUGAUCUCUGGGCUGGAGGGUGCUGCCUGAGGUGUUCUGCAUGGCAAAGCUGGGGAGGCUUGUUUGGAGCCAGCCAGGCCGGCCGGGAUGCUUCCCCCCACCCCCUCCAUGGGUUUGGCUUUUCCAGUCUUGGAGCAGGAUGAGCCAGGAACAGGACUUGUGGGAGCACAACUGGACUCGGCAUUUCCCCCAUGCACACCCAUGCACUGGCCUCUUUCUAAGGCCACUGGUGUUCUCUGGACCCCAUGGGAGACUGGUGCUGAGCAGGAUGGGAUGAGGAAGAUGGGGGGGGGACUUGUGGGAAGCCCACACCAUCAGGGCUGUCCCACUCUCCGCAGUGGCUGCAGAACCCCGCUAUCCUGCAGGCAGCCACCCAUUCACAGGGGAAAUUGUGUCCCCUGCGACCUGAGGCUCCUGCUCCUUAAAGCUUGUGCUCCCAAAGGUUUGAGAGGGCAGGUGGGAAACGAUGCCAGGUCUGUGAGUUCAUUUUAUACCUCUUGUCCUUGAGCCAUGCUUGCAGGACCUGCCACCCUCUCUUUCUCUGAAGCCCUGCUGGGACUUGGCUAUGCUCUGGGCUCGCUGCCCCAGGACGGGCAGCACUGCCAGCCUGCCUGCCUGCAGAGUCUCUCGGGUUACAGAGCAGCUUUCCCUGGUAGGUAGCUGGAGAGGCGGUGGCAGUGAAGCAGCCCUGGCCUGGUUUCCUUUGUGAAAGCCCCAGCAGUGGGAAUAUCACAGGAUCCGCUUUCCUCUCCUGGAGCGAAAGGAGAAAAGGGCUCUGUGUCCCACUCCUCCUGGGCAGGAUGGGGCCGGCAGCCGGGCUGUGUGGGCAGCAGCAUCCCGCAGCGCUGCUGUCACUUCUCCCGGUGAACUGGGAGCAAAACGUCAAAGGACAGGGAGAUCUUGGCCACCACGAAAAGACUUUGUGGGCAGGAUCGUUGAAGGGAUGGAGUGGCUUGUUUGGAAGCUGUGGUGGUGAUGGAGAACUGCUGGUUGGGACGGUGCCGUGGCGCGCCGGUAACGCUCCAACCUCCCGGUGGCCCCUUUGCUGCGGCUUGCAAAGUAUCUCACAAAUGCUGAACUUGGCCCCGAAAUCUAAAUACAAGGGAGGGACAGUCCCCAGAUGGCCUAAAUCAGCAGCACGGUUGCCUGGCCCAGCUGGGGAGCUCGCCGGGAGUGUUUGUUUUAUGUAAAACCAAAGGCUGGAGGAAUGCUGGCCUGAAAGGAGACCUUGCAAGGGGAGAAAGUCUGUGCCACGCACAUGCACCUACGCUCAGCUGGGCGUGUAAGAUCCUGGUGAGGGGAGCAGGGCUCCAGUGAGCUGCUUGUCUGCACUCUGUUGGGGCGAGGAGGGGAAGAAACCCCUUCUGCUCCCAGUUUGAGGGUGCGGAGAAGGUGGUGCGGCUGCUCUCUCUCUUUUCCCCCAGCUGCUGGGGGUGAACUGGGGAUUCCCCCAGGCAGACUUCCCAUGUGCCGUUCCAUCCCUGGGGCUCUGCCGCAGUUGGUCACCCUGCUGAGAAGGGCUCACGCCACCACCUCUGUGGGGUGGUGGGAUUCUACAUAGGGAUGGAUAGUGAGCGUGGCCGCGUGCCGUCGACGCCGUGCCGUAGGGUAUGCCCGCCCUGGCCAGCCCCCUAAGGAAGCUGUGCGCAGGAGGGCUGCGCACUGGGACUUUGCACUCGUGUGGGGUCAGAGUCCAUCCUGCCUGCAUGGGGCCAGCUCGGCUGUAGCCUUCCAGAGGCCCUGCUGCUGCAGCGAGGGAUGGAUGGACAUCUGAGUGCAGGAGUGACCUGUCCGUGACGCUGGUGGGAGCCCAGCUCCAGAGCAUCAUCUCUGAGCACAAGCGGGGGCUGUGAGACGUGUGGCUCAGUCUUGGCCAUCCUGGUGCAGCACAGCACAGCCCCUCUCCGCCGCAGCGAUGCCGAUCCUCAAGCAACUCGUCUCCAACUCUGCCCACUCCAAGCGGCGAUCCCGGGCUGACCUGACAGCCGAGAUGAUCAGUGCGCCGCUGGGGGACUUCCGCCACACCAUGCAUGUGGGGCGAGCUGGGGACGCCUUUGGGGACACCUCCUUCCUCACCAGCAAGGCAGGGGAGCCGGGGCUGGAGGCAGGCGAGGAGCCAGGUGCCUCCAAACCCAGCCUGCUCUCCCGCCGCUUCCGCAGCAGCAAACGUUCACAGUCGGUAACGCGAGGUGACCGGCGGGACAUGCUGGGUUCACUGCGGGACUCAGCUCUCUUUGUGAAGAACGCUGUCUCCCUGCCUCAGCUCAACGAGAAGGAGGUGGACAGGAGCGCUGGGCAGCUGCCCAAGAGCCUUUCCUCCAGCCCGGUCAAGAAGCUGCCCGAGGAGGUGAGCCCUGAAGAGCAGCAACGUCCAAACGGGGCAGCUGCUGGGCCGCUGAGCCCUGGCUUGGAUGAGCGUGACUUUGGGGACAUCACGGAGCUGCCUGUUGUGGUGGCCAAGAGUGGGGCGGGCAUGAAACAUGCUGAGUCCAUCAUGUCCUUCCACAUCGACCUGGGGCCUUCCAUGCUUGGGGAUGUCCUGAGCAUCAUGGAUAAGGAGGAGUGGGAGCAGGAUGAAGACCCGGAGGCAGAGGAGAGCCAUGAGGAGGAGGUGGAUGCUGCCCUGCCUGGCUCCCCGGUAGCAGCAGGAGCUCCGCUAAGCCAGAGCCCAUCUCGCAGUGCCAGUGGCCGCUACCCAAGGGACAGCAGUUCAGUGUCCAGCUGUGCCUCGGGGCUGGAGGAGCGCAGCCCUGUCCCUGGGCCGCUGACCCACGGGGGCCCCCCGAAACGCCCCGACAAGGAGUUCUCAUUCGCUGAUGAAGACGAUGAUGAGAUCAGAGUAUAAAGGGCCGGUGGCCGAGCCAAGGGGUCUGGCUCUCAUUUGCGGUUGCUUGGACAUGGGGCUAAACACCCCAGCGCUGCAUCGGGUGGCACCGGGGAAGACUCAACUCUUCACUCCUUCCCUCUCCCACCCGGCAGCGGACGUGCUGUGGCAGGACAGCACUCUGCUCCCAGGGCUUGGGGCAGCCUUGACGGCUCUCAGCCCUCAGAGAGCUCCAGUACGUCCCAGAGAGGAAAGCGGACUCAAUUUCGGUUCUUUCUAUUGGACUUUGGAUAUUAGCUCUUUUCUCCCCCCCCGCCCAUAUAAAGAAAUAUAGGAUCAAACAAGAUGAGGCUUUGAAGUUUUAGCCCCUUUAGUAAUGUAUAUAUAUUUUUUUUCCACCGUACAGUUUUUACUGCUCUCUGAUUUGUACUUAGCUUUCUUUACUCUCGCUUUUGGUUUUAACAGAGGGGAGAUUUCCCAUGAGGAAGGACUUGGCUCUGGAGCUCAGAGGGAGCCUCUGAGACUGUGGGUGGCUCCAGCUCCAUGGGUUUCUUGGGGAAUUUUCUGCAGACCAAGAGCCUCCAGCCAUGUGCCAUGGUAAGGGCUCACUCCGCAUCCCUGAGAUGGAUGGAUCCAUCCCAAAUGCUUGACACUCCAUACAGCCAUGGGGUAGUGGGGAUAGCCCCGGCCACCCCUUGUACUGGCUGUUCCUGAGGAUGCUGAAGGGAGCAUGGCUCUGUCCCCAUAGGAGGAACAUCUGGGUCUCUCCCGUGAGCCAGGGUGAGCCCUGGUGCCCCGUGUCCUAGUCGGCCACUGUCACGGGGACGAUCUGGCUGGGCAGUGCUAACGUUGGUGCGGGAGGUUGGGAGAGGAGGUUUUUAUACCAUGUAUGUACAAAUGCAAAGAAUAAAAGGAAAUGGUAGUGACAGCUGUGGCCUGAGUUCGUGGGGGAUGAGAUGCGUGGGGACAUGUGUGUUUGCACCCAACUUUCUCUAUGUUGCCACCGUCCCCAGACCUUAUCCCGCUGGCCUGUCCCUCCCAGCCUGGUCUCCUGGCUGGCAUUUCGGCACCUGCAGUGGCCGUGCUUUAUCUGCCCAUCGCAUGGAGCUGCCUGCGGUGGGAGGAAAUGGGUGAGAUCCUGCUGGCUGGAUCUGGCUCCGGGCUGGGACCCUCUGGCCAGGCAGGUUCCUGCCAAGGAACGUCUCUGCCAAGAUGCAGCUCUCCUCCCCGCAGCCCCGCUCCCUGCCAGCCAGGGAGGAAGGGAAGGUGAUGGCGGGGCAGGACUGGCUGUCCCCGCUCCCACGGGCUGGGUGCCAGGGCUGGGAUUGCCCUGGGUGCUCCCAGCACUGCGGGGCUGCUGUGGCCCCUGCUGACCCCAGGGAGGAUGGAUGGAGGGAUGGGUUGGCAGGAUGCAUCGUUCCCAUCCCGUGGCUGACUCCCCACAGCUCAGCCUCUAGUGUGAGUGAGGCUGUGCCUACAUGGAGGAUGCCUUCCCUGUGCGGUCCUGCUCAUGGAGCUGGGCUGUGAUGG